GUUCCUGUUGGGCCCUGGUUGUAAAGGGGAUUGUAUAGGGUGGGGAUGAGUUGAGUGUAAACUUCGCUUUAUGUGAGGGUCUUAUAGAAACUUGUGUGUGGCAGUUACGGAAUCAGUGGACAUUUUAUGAGCUUGUAGUCUGUGUCCCCACCAUGAAGAUUGCAGUGGAAGGAUGCUGCCAUGGUGAGCUGGACAAAAUCUAUGAGACAAUCCAGUUCCUGGAGAAGAAGGAGAAUACAAAGGUGGAUCUUCUUCUAUGCUGUGGAGACUUCCAGGCUGUAAGAAACGAGGGAGACAUGAAAUGUAUGGCUGUGCCUCCAAAGUAUCGCCAGAUGCAGACCUUCUAUAAGUAUUAUUCUGGUGAAAAAGUUGCCCCUGUUCUCACCAUCUUUAUUGGAGGAAAUCACGAGGCAUCAAACUACCUUCAAGAGUUGCCUUAUGGAGGCUGGGUGGCACCAAAUAUAUACUAUAUGGGGUAUGCAGGUGUUGUGCAGUUUCGUGGGGUGAGAAUUGGUGGAAUAUCUGGAAUUUUUAAAUCUCAUGACUAUAGGAAAGGUCAUUUUGAGCACCCUCCAUAUAGAAGCGACACUAUAAGAAGUGCUUAUCAUGUGAGAAACAUAGAAGUCUUUAAGCUGAAGCAGCUGAAAGAGCCUAUGGAUAUCUUCUUGUCACAUGACUGGCCUCGAGGCAUCUACCACUAUGGUAACAAGAAAAAACUACUGAAAAAGAAGGGUUUUUUCUCACAAGAGGUGGAAAAUAACACAUUGGGGAGUCCAGCAGCGUCAGAGCUUCUGCAUCACUUGCAGCCAUCAUUCUGGUUCUCUGCUCAUCUUCAUGUGAAAUUUGCAGCUUUCAUGCAGCACCAGGCUAAUGUAGAAGGACAGUCUCCCAAAGCAACCAAGUUUUUAGCACUGGACAAAUGUCUGCCACACAGAGAGUUCCUGCAGAUUGUGAAUGUGGAUCAUGACCCAAGUAAGCCUGAGCAAUUGGAAUAUGACCUUGAAUGGUUAGCAGUCCUGAAAGAGGCAAAAGAUCUUCUUAACGUGACUACCAGAACAUGGAAUAUGCCAGAUGACAAAGGUCUACAUGCUAAGUGGGAUUUCAGUGCCACAGAUGAAACUAAAAAGGAAGUUCUUGAUGACCUUUGCAAAGACCUUAUAAUCCCAUGCAACUUUUCUACCACUGCAGUCUGUUAUGAUCCCAACAAUCCACAGUAUAAUAUGGUGGCUUCACACAUCAUCAACCCACAAACCACUGAGUUUUGUGCUCGUCUGGGACUUGUUGAUCUGAAUGCUAUGGUUCGUCAGAAUGAGAACAGUGAAGAAUAUGAAGGCAUAGAUGAUGAUGCAGAGAGUACAGGAUCAGCAGAAGAACACAGUGAAUACAGCACAGAUACAUCUAUUCUCUCAUCCUCCAUUAACCCAGAUGAGAUUGCACUAGAUGAUGAUGAUGAACAGGAGGAAGGAGACAAUACAACAAACACUGAAGAAACGUCAACAGACUACACCUACGAUUUAUCUUCUAACCUCCGAGCACUCCCAGAAUCCAUGGUUGUGUCCUCUAAUGACACUUUGGAUUCCACAAAUGAUGAAGAGUUGGACAGAUCUGAGAGCAGCCACACUGAGGGAGAAGGAAAGAGCUUUGAAAGAAAGCGAUUAAGCGGCGAGAAUGGAAGUAGUGGUGUGAAGAUUAAAAGAAGGAACCAGGCUAUCUAUGCUGUCAGAGAUGAAGAGGAUGGUUAGUCGGACUCUUGAGUCUUUUUUUUUUUUUUUUUUUUUUUUUACUGGAGUUGUUAACGCAAUGUCUGGGAAAUUAAUGCUCUUUAAAGAACAGAGGACUAAAUGUUUCUGGUAUAAUUUUAGUUAUUUUAUGUAAAAAAAUAUAUAUAUAUACUGCUCAGUUUUUAUGUUUCUUUGGAUUAUCUGAGCAUUAUAUGUUUAUGGGUAAAUGUAAAUAUUUUAUUUUUCCUUUUUGGAUAAAAAGCUCUGUGUAGAAAACAUUACAAACAAAUAUAUCAGGACUGUUUUUAAAGAA